AUGGGGCUCUCCAAAUCGACGCGCAUCAUGAUCCUGCUGGCUAUCGACACGGCUUUCUUCUUUGUCGAGCUCAUCGCGGGUUACACGGUGCACUCUUUGGCGCUGGUCGCCGACUCGUUCCACAUGUUGAACGAUGUCAUAUCGCUCCUCGUUGGACUAUGGGCCGUCAAGGUCGCUAGCCAAAAGACCAACUCGAAGACAUACACAUACGGAUGGCAACGCGCGGAAACCCUGGGCGCCCUCAUCAACGGCGUCUUCCUUGUCGCGCUGUGUCUCUCCAUCUUCCUCGAGGCCAUCCAGCGCUUCGUCGAGCCUCAGGACGUUUCCCACCCGGUUAUCAUCCUCAUCGUCGGUUCUUGCGGCCUCCUGUCCAACAUUGUCGGCCUCUUCCUCUUCCACGACCACGGUCACGGCGGCCAUUCCCACGGCGGUCAUUCACACGGAAACGACGCACACUCGCACGCUGAGGAGGGACACUCUCACGGCAUCGAUGCGCAUGACCAUGCCAUUGCGGACGAGCGCGGCAAUAUAGCCGAUGUGCUGCCCCAGAACCGCGUCGGCUUCCCGUCGAACCUUACCCAAAGCCCCUCCAAAGCCACCGCAAAGAACAAGCGCCACAGCCGAUCGCACUCACGCAACUACGCGACCAUCGACGAGAUCUACGUACACCCCUCUUCCUUCAGGAACAGCAUCAUCGAGUCGUCCCGCGCGCACGAUGAUGAGGCAGAUGACGAGGACAACGAUGUCGUCGAGGACGAGGAGCCUACCGAGCAGACUUCGCUUCUAUCUAAGCCUAAGAGCCACGGCUCCCACGACCACUCUCACGACCAUGCUCACGGAAACGGCAAGACUAGCCAGAAGGACAACCACAAGGGCCACAAGCACAACCAGCCCAAGAAGGAGGCAUCCGGAGGUGGACAUGGUCACUCUCACGCCGAUCUGAACAUGCGCGGUGUUUUCCUACACGUCUUGGGUGAUGCCCUGGGCAACAUUGGUGUCAUUGCCACUGCCCUGUUCAUCUGGCUUACCGACUACUCCUGGAGGAUGUAUGCCGAUCCCGCGGUAUCUCUGCUCAUCACCGUCAUCAUCCUCCUGUCUGCUCUACCCCUGUGCAAGGCUGCAUCUCGUAUCCUUCUUCAAGCCGUCCCGGAAAACCUGUCCAUCGACGACAUCACCGACGACAUUACUGACCUCACAGGCAUCGUCUCCUGCCAUCACCUCCACGUCUGGCAACUAUCAGACACUAAGCUCAUCGCAUCCCUCCACGUCCAGGUCGACUUUGACUUCAAGGGUCAGGGCUCAGCACGCUACAUGGAUCUCGCGCGCCAAAUCCGCGAAUGCCUCCACCAGUACGGUAUUCACUCUUCGACCAUCCAGCCCGAGUUCUGCCUCGACGCUAGCCACGACCACUCGGCACAUGGCUCAGACGAAAGCGGCGCGGAAGAUGGUGGUCGCAAGAGCAAGAACCCCAGCGUCAAGGGCGGCCCUGACGCCUGUCUUCUAGAGUGCCCCGACAGCUGUGGUGGAGGAAAGCAAUGUUGUGACCCUAACACUACCGGUCCCAACGGUCCAUCAUCAUAA